GCCAAUAAAGAGUGUUUAUUAGCCGAGUUUUUAUUACACUGGGUGUUCGGGAUCCUAGUGUAGCGCUGAGCCUUCCUCAGGGUGCGCUUUUAGACACAAAAAACAUAUCCUGGCAACAUACUUCAGUUAACAAUCACAGUUAGCCAGGAGAGCUACAGAAGCCAAAAGGCAAGGUUAGUACAUUUAAAGACUUUCCCAGAACUAUGGACUUUGAUGGAUUAAGCCUUCGUUUUCAUUUUGGCUGGCGGAUCUGUCUAUGUGCUGAGUUUUGUGGCAUGAAUGGUCCUUCCACCGUGAAGUCAGUUGUUCUAAGGUCUUGGAACAUGUUUAUGUUCUUCUUUGUUACUGUAAUAACCUCAUGAAGCAGUUACCAUAUUUGCAUAUGAAACUUGCAGUUCUAAUCUGUAUUCGUGGGCCACAGUCACUCAUUUUGGCUCGAAAAUAUUCUCAAUCUCUCUCCGACACAAAUUCAGGCUAGCCCUGAAUGCAGAGAUCUGCCUGCCUCUGCCUUCUGAACGCUGAGACUAACGGCAGAGUGGCCCCACGCCUGCGCUAAGGCUAAAACAAGAAGGGUGAGGGAGGAAAGGAGGGAGAAAUGGGAGAGAGGGAUGAAAGGAGAGAUAAAUGGGAGGGAGAGAGGGAGGAAUGGGAGGGAGGGGUGGGGUGAAGAAGACGGAGGAUUAAGAUUUAGGUCAGGCUUUGUGGACAACUGUGUGCAGCCAUGCGGGUGCUGGGAUCCAACCUAGGUCCUCUACAAGAACAACCACAGAGCCCUUUCUCCAGCUCCUAGGAUUUUUCUCUCUGUCCCAGGUGGCUGGGACCCAAAUCUCCCGGGCUUCACGCCAGGACGGAAGCGGAAGUGACGCCUACAUAGGCCCGAUUCUUUUCUUGCGAUGCCUGCAGUUUUGUAGUUCGCAGUGCCUUUCUUCACCAGCGGUCCAUCCUUACGUCUAGGGAGUCGCUGAGGCGGGGCUGGAGAUGACGGCGGCCGCGGAGGGUCAGUUUAAGGCGUGGCUGUGUGAGCAGCUCGCUGAGAGGCGGUCCCUGUAGGCCCGAAGCCUGGGACGGGCGGGUCUCACGGGCACCCCGCCUCUCUCCGGCCGCUGUGAAUGCUCUCUGAGCUCCCAUCUGCUCGAUCGCCCUCUGCAGAAGCCUCUCUAGCCGCCUUCCAGAUUCCUUUUCCAGCACAGAACCCCGCCACGGGCCAUCGCCCUGCAGCCGCCGCCUCCACUGCACAACCCAGCGAUUGUGGAGCUCGGGAGCUCUGUGUCAGGACUCAGACCCCAUUCUUGAAGAAAAGAGAAAGGUAGAAAAGAUGGUGGCUGAUUGCCUGACAAAUUGUUACCAGGUAUGAACUGCGUCUCCUUAGUGACGCACUUGCCUCUGCCUUGUAGAUACACCUUCAGGACAGGCUCGAUGUCCACAGCUUCUAAAACAAGUAGCAGCCCCUCAGGAACUCAGUACCCAGCCGGACUUCUGAGAGUGGGACCUCUGAUAUGGUUGAGGCAUUGCCAGAAAAUCAUCCCAGGAUUUCCGUAAUCCUAAUCUCGAUACUCUUAAUGUCAAAGGCACAUGAAUUCUGUCCAGUUCCGUCCUGUUGUUCUGACAGAUGGUCUCAGUAACUUUUGAUGAUGUGGCUGUGGACUUCACCCAAGAAGAAUGGAUUUUAUUGGAUCAAGCUCACAGAGACCUCUACAGAGAGGUGAUGCUGGAGAAUUACCAGAACCUGGCCUCAGCAGGAUGUGAGGUCAUCAAACCCAGUCUGAUCUCCUGGUUGGAGGAAGAGGAUUUGCACAGAGAAGAUCUCCAAGAAUGGGAAAUGCCACUUGGCACCCAAGAGUCAACAUUGCAUCAGGAUUUUUUGAGGGGACAGACUUCCAGUGGAGUACAAACAGGCAGAAGCCACAGUGCACGAGAACUCUGUUACUAUACACAAUGUGGAGAAAUUUUCAGUGAACACUCAUAUUUCAAGACACAUGUGAAAACUCACAGUGCGUGGAACACCGGCCAUCUCACCCACUCAGAUCAUGAUGCCUCUGCUCAAGUACACACCAUAAAAACGUACCCGUGUAAGAUUUGUGGAAAAGCCUUUGGACGGUCUUCAAAUCUCAACAGACACCUGCGAAGCCACACUGGAGAGAAACCCUAUGAAUGUAAGGAGUGUGGGAAAGCCUUCACUACCUACUCAAGGCUAGUGGAACACUUUAGAACUCACACUGGAGAGAAACCGUAUAAAUGCAAGGAUUGUGGGAAAGCCUUUGCUAAGCGGUCAGGCCUUAUAACACAUAUAUCAACCCAUGCUUCAGAGAAACCCUUUGCAUGUAAAGAGUGUGGGAAAGCCUUUGCUUCAUCCCCACGCCUUAGUCAGCAUAUAAGAAUUCACAGUGGGGAGAGACCCUACAUAUGUAAGGAAUGUGGGCGAGCCUUCCUCACUUCCUCAUACCUGCGGAACCAUGUAGGAAGAACUCACAGUGGAGAGAGACCCUAUAUAUGUGGAGAAUGUGGAAAAGCCUUCCAUUCUUACUCAAAUCUACGUAGACAUGUAAGAACUCACAGUGGAGAAAGACCCUAUAUAUGCAAGGAAUGUGGAAAGGCCUUCCUCAAUUCCUCAUACCUACAUAACCAUAUAAGAAAGACGCACAGUGGAGAGAUGCCCCAUAUAUGUGGUGAAUGCGGGAAAGUCUUCCAUGCUUCCUCGUACCUGCGCAGACACUUAAGAACUCACAGUGGAGAGAGACCAUGCAUAUGUAAGGAAUGUGGAAAAGCCUUCCUCAACUCCUCCUACUUACGUAAGCAUCUAACCAUUCACACUGGAGACAAACCCUACGAGUGUAAGGACUGUGGGAAAGCCUACCGGAGGUACAAUCUGCUACACGACCAUUUAAAAACUCAUGAGGUUGAAAAGCCAUUUGAAUGUGAUGUAUGUGGAAAAUCCUUUCAGUAUUUCUCAUACCUUACUAAACACAUUCGUAUUCACACUGGAACAAAACCGUAUAAGUGUAAGUACUGUGGGAAAGAUUUCACUACUUCCUCAAGCCGAACUGAACAUAUCCGAACUCACACUGGCGAGAGGCCCUAUGAGUGUAUGGAAUGUGAGAAAACCUUCACUUCUUCAUCCAACCUCAUUCACCACGUAAAAAUUCACGCUAGAGAGAAACCUUUUGUUGAGACUGUAGGGAAGGAAGCCUACGAUAGAUUUUCCCUACUAACUGAACACCAGUAACUCACGGUGAGCAGUCACUUCAGAUAGACGGAAUGCCAGAAACCCUUCAUCCCCCACGUCUUGGUUUUGUCAGACUGGGACUUAUACUACUAAGAAGCCAAGGAAUGUGCAAAAGCCCCCAACUGUAACAGUUUACUCUGAAAACAUGAAAAGAGCUCAUACUCAAGAUGUCCCAUGAAUUUAAGGAAAUAUUAAAGCCCUCGCUACUUACCAGGACCUUACUAAAUGUGUGAGGCUUCACAGUGAGGGAAUCACUGAGUAAGAGUGAUUUACUACAUAAAAGGUUGUAGUUCUCUUAAGUAUUUUAAAAUCACUUGUCCCAACACUUGAGAAAACCUUUAUGAAGGUAAAGAAUGUUAGAAAGUAACAUGAACUUAAUUCUCGGUGUUUAGUAGCAUUAUAAUCCAUACCCAAGGGAAAUUAGCUAUAUGGAAAUUGUAUCCAUGUGUCCGGAAGUGUGGUGUGCUGGCAGCAGUGAGGCCUGUUGGGUGAUACUUAUUUUGAACUUUUGUCCUGAUUCCUGUCCUGAUAGUCCUGGAGUUAUGAUACAUUUUCUUUCCUUCAAACACCACCAUUUCAUCUUGGUUGCUACAGCUUCUGGGUAGUAAGCUGUGUUACGAGGACUUUUGGACUAUAAACAUUGUUUAAGUGGUGUAGAGUCUGUUCUUGGCUUGCCAACUAUGAAACAUGCUGCCCUCUAGUAGCUUGCAGAGCUGAGUUUCAUAAUACAGUCCCCACGGUCGUUAAGAUGUCCUUGUUCCCUUUUCACAACAUUUAGAUGAAAGGUGACAUAAAUAAAUAAGCAAAUGAGCUAGCAGAGUCCUUCCCACAAACACAGUGAGCCAGGAAUCCAUAAAUGCAUCAGUCCUUGAUGGAGCCGGAGCCCUCAAGAUGCAGAUAGCUCUCUCAUCCUACCCUGUGAACGCUACAGCCCUAGGGGCCAAGCUUCCGUAUGUGAGCUUUUGGGGUACCUUUCAUAUAUAAAUCAUAAUACAACCCC